AUGACCGUCGAUUGGAAGGAGCUCGUUGCGGACAAACGCCGACGACAGCAAGAAACAAUCCCCAAGGAUUGGCUAAUUGGCUGCCCGCCAGACACGGUGCUCGACGUCACAGCUAUUCCGGAACAGUGUGGGCUACUAUCCGAGAGGGAGCUGCAGAUCACCAACACGGUGGAUGUAGCGGUUCUGCUGCAGAAACUGCACUCGGCCGAAUGGUCUGCUGUGGAAGUGACGACGGCGUUCUAUAAGCGGGCGAUCAUCGCCCACCAGUUGGUAAAUUGUCUGACGGAGAUCUUCGUUGGCCGAGCGUUGGCCCGUGCAGCCGAGUUAGAUGAACACCUGAAGACCACCGGCAAGGUCGUCGGACCAUUACAUGGCCUGCCUAUUUCGCUGAAGGACCAGAUAUGUUUGAAGGGUCUUGAGACCACGAUGGGAUACGCAUCCUGGAUAGGCAAAUACGCUGACAAGGAUGCGGCUCUCGUCGAGGUCUUGUACGAGUGUGGUGCCGUCCCCUUCGUGAGGACCAACGUCCCACAAACGCUCAUGUGGGCAGAGACCUAUAACGUAGUUUUUGGUCGGACUUCCAAUCCUGCCAAUCGCAACCUCACCUGUGGUGGCUCUUCUGGGGGUGAGGGCGCACUGAUACAUCUCAAGGGAAGUCUGCUUGGCGUCGGUUCAGAUAUUGGAGGCUCAAUCCGCAUUCCGGCCCUUUUUAAUGGUCUUUAUGCACUACGACCGUCUUAUGGACGGGUCCCAUAUCAAGGCGCUGUUAAUUCAAUGUAUGGACAAGACUCGAUCCCGUCGGUUUUGGGCCCAUUGUCCAACAGCCUCAGCGGUAUCCAAAUAUUUAUGCAAGCCGUCAUCGGACAAAAACCGUGGCUGAAGGAUCCACUCGCCGUGAGGAAGAAGUGGGACACCGAGGAGUAUGCGCUUGCGGAGCAUGGCGGAGGACAGCAGCUCUGCUUUGCCAUAAUGUGGAAUGAUGGGAUCGUCGUUCCACACCCACCUAUAAUCAGAGCACUCGAAACAACGAGAGAGGCCCUGCUCCGUGCAGGACACAAAGUAAUCGACUGGCAACCUCUAAAACAUCUCGAGCUUGGCGACGCAAUCGCUGCUAUCUGGAAAGCCGGUGCGAGUGAAGACUUCAAAGCAACGACUGCCCUAACGGGAGAGCCUGUCAUCAUGUCCAUGAGCCCGGUCGAUGGCGCUGGCCCUGGAGAUCCUUCUGUUAGGCCGGACGCUGUGGGCAUGACCGCCUAUCAACUAUGGCAGAUCCAGAAAGCGAGGGCGGAUCUACGCAAGGAGUACUUGGACCACUGGCAGAAGACCGUUGACACAACAGGAACAGGGCGACCUGUCGAUGCAAUCAUUUCGCCGGGCGCACCCUUUGCGGCUCCUCCGCACGGGAAGAAUUUCUACUCGAAUUACACGAAGGUAUUCAACGCCCUGGAUUACAGCGCGUGCAUCUUCCCUGUGACUAGGGUCGAUGUGACGAAGGAUGUCAAAAAGCCUGCGCACACGUUCCUGAGUAAUUUGGAUGAGACUAACUAUAACCUUUACGAUCCUGUCGUCUUCCAGAAUGCUCCUGUCGGACUGCAGCUUGUCGGUCGUACACUGGAGGAAGAAGCUGUCAUCGCAAUGACGGAGAUUGUUGAUACGGCACUAAAAGCGGGCAGUGCUGCCUGA